GCCGCUGUUGCUGUGAAGUGCAACAGUGAGGUUUAGGCGCUAGAUCCCCAUAGUAGUUCACAUACUAAAGAUAACUUUUUUUUUCUCUGCAUAUUUUGAAGCUACCGUUCACGCUUUUUUAAAACGCUUGUCGUAGGCUUCAGGUAUUGUAUGGGCAUGUCUUUAAAUUCGGUGUUAUGUGGAAUCAAUAAUGUACGAUUCGCCCGGCACUGCAUUUCACCGUUGUCGGUAAAACAUCUGAAACCACCUGUUUAUUAGAUGGUUUUUAGUCCCCUGCGAAUCGGGCUUAAUGAAGGCAGCACUACAAAGCUAAUUACUGCGCUUUACGUUUCGUCGAAUUAAACUUUGUAUUUUAUUUACGUUAAAAAUAUAUAAAGUUUAAAGGCAAAAACAGGUCAUCACUCAUGAACUGUCGCAACAUACGAGUCAUGACGUGCAAAAUAAACAAAGCAAGGUGCUGAGGCUCGGUACUGGUUAUUUUGCAGCAACGAAUUUAAAAUACAAAUAUAAUACCGGGUAGCUUUUUGAAUCUAGUGGAAGCCAUGGAUUAAGGGCAGGUGUGGGACAGAGAGAUGGCCCUUCACCCCAGACCUGUCUCUCGGGUCCUGUCAGACUGGCAGCGAUCACCGGAGAGCAGGGACUACUUCAACAGCAUCAUGCACAGAAACCGGAGAAAGCGCUUUGGUCUGCUGGAGGCUCCUGUCCUGCCACUGCAGGCUGCUGCUGACACUGUCAGCUACAAGGUCUUUGUCUCCGGGAAGAGCGGAGUGGGGAAGUCAGCCCUGGUGGCAAAACUUGCAGGGCUGGAGGUGCCCAGCAUGCAUUAUGAGACCAUAGGGAUCCAGACAACUGUUCUUUACUGGCCAGUGAAGCUGAGAGACAAUGGCCGAGUCCUGCUCUUCCGCUUCCAGCUCUGGGACUGUGGAGAGAAUGCACUUCGGAAGUUUGACCACCUGCUCCCUGCCUGCAAAGAUCAGACAGAUGCGGUUCUGCACCUGUUUUCCUUUACUGACCGCUCCUCCUUCGAUGACCUGUCCAAUCAGAUCACCCGCAUCUCUGAUUCAGCAGGCAGCAACGUCAAGCUGGUGGUGGGCACCAAAUUUGACCAGUUCAUGCAUACAGACGUGACGGAACGGGAGCUAAGAGAGUUCCAGCAGGCCUGGGCUGUGCCCGUGUUUUGUUUCCAGAGUGCAGGGGGUGGGUCGGGCCGGGCUGGACUGGCCGAUAUCGCACCCCUCCUCAACGGACUGGCAGAGCAACUGUGGGCUCAGGACCUACAGGCAGCCAGGCUGCACACAGAACCACACAGUCACUAACCACACCUGCUAACAAGCUCAGACCUGAUACUAACACUGGGAUGGAUUGCACUGGUCAUUCACUGACAAAAAUGCUGCACUGCUAACAAGAUAAAAAUAGACUGCACUCAUGGACCAGUCCAAAUAAAUUACUUAGAGUAACCUGCUGCCAACAAGCUCAGAUUAGACUUGCUGCUCAAUGUAGUCACAGAACAACUUAUAUGCAAGAGCUGGACAGAAGCAUCCAUUUACUGCAGAUAGUCUCAGCAGUGUGGACAACGCUAACAAAAUGCAUUACACUUGGAACCAAUUUAACCUGACCUAGUGAAUUAUAACCAUAUAGGAAUGGCCAGCUACCUGAAACCUCUUUAAAAUCCCUCGUGAACGAACCAAUUGCACAGCAGACUGGGAAUAGUCACUGCACCUGGGAUUCAGUGAGUAUUUGGUCAGACAGUGCCAGCUCGCAGUAAAUUGCUUUCAGGUUUCCCCUAAACCUCUCUGGAGCGGAAUCAAAAGCUGACAGUCUCUUUAAUAGAGACUUCAAAUAACGUCAUCCAUGUCUGCUCAGCUGCAUGUGUCUGUGAUACUGGCUGCUAACAGCUGGCAGCAAAUCUGCUCACCUGUCUUAAAAUUUUGUUUAUAUAAAAUACAAACUUGUUCUAUUUAAUGAAAUUUGAUGACUCAGUCCAGGUAUAUGUUUACAGUUUCUGUUGUGAUUGAGUAGCUUAUUGUCACGUCCAGUAAUCAUAGCAGUUUGAUACUAUCUAUAAUGUGGACAAAAUUCAAUUUUGCUAUUGCUACAAGCAUGGUGCAAAUCAGAAUGAAGAAAUAAAUCAAACACUGCAGUUAAUAGGAUAUGGGGAAGCAUGUUUUCUUUAUACCAGCGACUGUUUACUGUGUCUGCAAAGGAAAAGUGAUAAUGCAAGGGGAAUUUUCUUUUUUCAAUGCUACUAGUACUCACUACUAGCCUAUAUACUAAAUACUUGUGUAUUAACAGAAAAGCAAUAAUGUAUGCAAUUUAACAAUGUUAAGGUGUUGACUUUCAUGUUGUGGUGUAUAAUGUACAUUUGUUUCAAUUUGUGAUGCUGCUGUGCCAGAAUAUACAAAAAAAAAGUUUAAUUGUAAACUGUAUUAUACAAAAAAACCUAAAUAAGUUUCGUGAAAUAGUUUGUCAAUAUUGGGGUAAAUACGGAACAAUUUACAUUUAAUUCAGAAUUUUCAAUUCAGUUAUGCAUCAUCUGCUUUAUUAUAUAUAACUACAGUUUCAAUUUUCUUUACCAUGUAUAACAAGUAAAUGACGCUAAAGUAUAUUGAAUUCCUUUGCUUUUGUAUUUUAUCAGCAGAACCCCGCGAGGGAAUGACAGCUUUAUUAAGUUGGCUGUACAUUUCUCUUUAUAAUUAAAAUAUUAUGUAAUUCCCUUU